GGAACAUUUUUCCGCUUCUUCCUCGCAUGCACUCGAACUUUCUCGCUCCUCUUUUUAACCAAAGGGAAAAUACGUUGCGAAUAGACGAACCAUUGAACACGAAUACGAUCAUUUGAUUGCUUUGGCAACUAUGCAGGCUUUAGGGAGUCACGGGAUUUCCACCUGCGUUAAUUAUCGUCAGCACGCAAUCAAAUAUACGUUUCAGAAAUCAAAUUCAAGCGCUUUGGCAGCCAUUGGCAUCCGCAGUCCAUUGUUGCAGGGAGAAGUCAGUCCUCCUAUGAUUUCAAACACUCACCAGCGGAGAAGACCAAGGUCAAGACGAGAAAGCCAUGUUGUUGAAGCAAUUGCCAGUCCGCCUUCCGUAGAAGGGUUAGCGCUAACAGAGGAAAAUGUUGAGGUGGUAUUGGAUGAAGUGCGGCCAUAUCUCAUGUCAGAUGGAGGCAACGUAAAAUUGCAUAGCAUAGAUGGAAGUGUGGUUAAAUUGCAACUCCAAGGGGCGUGUGGGUCAUGUCCAAGCUCGGUGAUGACCAUGAAGAUGGGAAUUGAACGGCGUUUGAUGGAGAAGAUUCCUGAAAUAGUUGCGGUGGAGGAAGUUGUGGAUGAGGAUUCAGGUCUUGAACUAAGUGAAGAAAAUGUUGAAAAGGUGCUUGAAGAAAUAAGGCCAUAUCUUGUUGGUACUGGAGGUGGGGAGCUGGAAUUGGUAAAGAUUGAUGAACCAAUAGUGAAGGUCAGAAUUGGUGGCCCAGCAGCUGGAGUUAUGACUGUGCGUGUUGCAAUCACCCAAAAGUUGCGUGAAAAGAUCCCUGCAAUUGCAGCAGUCCAAUUGCUGUAAACUGGAGACAAGAGCUACUAAAUUGUAUUUAUAAACGUUGUAAACAUAUAUUAACAAAUUUUCAUUGACUUCCAUUGCACUGCGGAUAUAAAUUACAAGUAGAGUGCAUAUGUUGUUGUCAGCAGCAGUUCAUUGGAGAGGUGUUUUUCUUAAAUAAGGUUUUGCUUGAUGACGUAUAGAAA